ACCGACCCCCAACAACAUUCAUCAUGUGACAACUAACUCUAGUGGUAGUAUUCCAUCUUUACUGUGCAGUGCAGUGUAGCUAGCUAGUUACUAUUGUCUCCGUCCUGCAUUGAAACAAUGGUUCUGCUAAAAUGGCUGCUGGUCCCUUUAUCUCUACUGGACAAGAUUCUCUUAUUGUUGGUAGUGAUCAACGACAGACUGAUGUACUCUCCCCUGCAAAAGUAUCUUACUCCGCUCAUAACUAAAGUUCCUAGAGACGUUGUCCUGUGUGGCAGGAAACUAACGCUACUAACUGCCAACAGAGUCACUUAUGGUAGGACCUGUCUUCUCGUUGUCAUUGCAGCUUGUCUGAAAUAUGAGUACAACUGGCUGGCAUGUGCUUGUGUACUGCUUAACGAUCUCUUGGAUCACGUCGAUGGCAUAGUAGCUAAAGCUCAGAGGCAGGUGUACGGCAAUAUAGACAGUCCACUGCUGGGAGCCUUUGUGGAUGCCUUCUGUGACAAGGUGGUGAACGUGAGUCUACUGUGGACUAUGCUGCUCCUCACCGAACUUUGCACUUUCAGUCUUCCACAGUUUGCAGCGUUUGUGGGUGUGGCCUCUGGUGUCAUCUGUAUGGAGUGUAUCCUAGGGGUGGUCCGAGUACAGGACUACUACAAGGAAAAGUACACUGGGUCUGAAGCCACACCCACUGCUGGUAUACGAGCCAACAUGGAGGGCAAGACAAAGGAGAAGUUAGAGAAUAUUGGCUUGUCUUUGCUCUGUGUGGCCAUGGCUUCUCGCAACCCCAUGGAUAAUUGGUGUGGUUUGAUUGGAAUCAUCAGUCUUGGUUUGAGCUUGAGAUUUGCAGUGGGCAGUCUACUACACAAGCUCAGGUCACGACGAGCAACUGUCAAGAGGGUUGCAGUGAACGGACACAUCUCUAGAGUUGAUGAUAAUGUGUUUGAGACAGCCCCAUACGGCUGUGAUCACACCUCACACAAUGAUCACUUUCUACGACACUUAAGUGCUCCCGUUCUCAGUGACAGUCUAAGCUCUGAGAACCUUAACAAGGAAUCAGAUGGCGGUGAUGAGAAAGUAGACAAAGUGUACACAGUGGGAUGCUUUGAUCUCUUCCAUAGAGGACAUCGGAAGUUGUUGAAAAACAUGAGAAACCUUGGAACCGAGGUGAUUGUUGGUAUCCAUAACGAUGAAAGCUACUACAAACUAAAGAAGAAGGACCCAAUAGACACUGUAGAGAAGAGAAUGGCCAAUGUGAAGAACUUUGCUGAUCAGGUAUUUGUGAUAUCCAGCACUGACCCCUCUCCGUACCUAACCUGCUGUAUACACCUCCACCCCGGGCAAACAGCUCUCUACGUGAGAGGCGAUGAUAUGCCUCGUUUCCCAGGUCGUAAUGUCAUUGAGCCCCUGAUGCCCAUACAGCUGCUUCCCUACACACAAGGAGUGAGCUCUACCCAGUUAAGAGCAGAGAUAUGCGACAGAGGGGAGGGAGAUGGAACUGAUAAACUCAAGUCAUUUUGACUACUAACAUAAUUUUUUUGUGGUUCCAAAUUUCAUUCUCUUUUGCAUAAUAAUAAUAAAUUAUUGUUGAAA